CCUCCAGGUUUCCAGGGGGCAUUGCAAAACUGGCAAGGUAUAUCCAUGACCGUGGACUAAAGCUGGGCAUCUAUGCAGACAUGGGCACUCACACAUGUAUGGGAUUUCCUGGCACCACACUGGACAAAAUUGAGCUAGAUGCCCAGACCUUUGCUAGCUGGGGGGUAGACUAUCUGAAGUUUGACGGCUGUUACUCAAAUCCUUUAGAACAAAUGCUGGGUUACCCUCUGAUGUCCAAGGCUUUGAAUGCUACAGACAGACCUAUAGCCUACUCCUGUAGUUGGCCUGUCUAUGUGGGAGGACUUCCACCUGCUGUGAACUACUCUCUGCUGGGGGAAAUUUGUCACCUAUGGAGGAAUUACUAUGAUAUCCAGGACUCAUGGGACAGUUUGCAAGGCAUUGUUGAGUGGUUCUCCAACAACCAGGAUGAUCUGCAGCCAGCUUCAGGGCCUGGACGAUGGAAUGACCCUGACAUGCUCAUCAUUGGAAACUUUGGUCUCAGUGUGGACCAAGCUCGCUCUCAGAUGGCUCUGUGGGCAAUAAUGGCUGCCCCUCUCAUCAUGUCUAAUGACCUUCGAAACCUGGGCAACAUUGAGAGAGCAAUCCUGCAAAACAAAGUGGCCAUUGCCAUCAACCAGGACCCCUUGGGUAUCCAGGGAAGACGCCUCUUGCAGGAGAAGAGUCGGAUUGAGGUUUACUGGAGGCCUCUAUCUCAUUCAGCCAGCGCCCUUGUGUUCCUGAGUCGUCGGACAGACAUGCCCCACCUCUACCACACCUCCUUGGCUAAACUCAACUAUGAUGCUGGCAACUAUGAGGGCUAUGAUGUGUUUACUGGCUUGACUGUGAGGGGGUUGAACGCCACCUCAGAGUUUACACUCUCCAUCAAUCCCUCAGGUGUUGUCAUGUGGUACGUCUACCCAGAAAAAGAGUCCAAACAGGCUGUCCUGCCCCACUACCGGCACAACAAAGGCUCUCAAUUCACAUUCCACAAAGCUAAUGCUGGGCAUCAUACUGUGUUAUGAGGGAUUUUAUAGAACCAUUUACAAUGCUGACGGGCUCAAUGAAAGCUAUGUGAACUUGAUCUUGACUUAUCGUUGAACAGAUGUUCUACACUGAUGUGUUUUCUUGAAACCAAUUCUUUAAUGUUGUGUUAUUUGUUUGCCAUUUCCUUAAAAAUUAAUAAAAGU